AUGAGCAGCAACAUGAGCUUCUCGUAUGCUCGAAGCCGAUAUCUGUCUUCCGAUUCAGUUUCUCAGCGUCCACAGAGACAACUACGCCCUCUCACUCUAAAUCCAAGCAUUAACAGGACGCUGGUUCUAUGGAUCCCCAUGUCUGGAGUAAUCGGUGAUGACGGAGGUAUCGGCUCGACGCGGAUCCGGAUCCGAUUGAGCCCGAUCCGGCCCACUCUAAAUCUGGCAUUUCCAAAUUUAAGGCAAAGGUAUACAGCCACUAGCGGCGAGCAGCCUCUUCAACAGUUCCGACGAAAGCGGAGAUUCUAA